AUGGAAUAUGUAUAUACUGGUUCGAUUGCAAAUGGAAAAGUAAAUGAUGAAUUUACAUGCAAGACUGAUGAUGGAAGAUUUGAAAUUCCACUUAAUGGUAAAUUUCGUUUAGGAACAAAUCCUUGCAAAGUUUGUACAUGUACUGCAACGGGAUUUUUGUGCGAAGAUCAAUGUGAAACAGCUCUAGCAUCAACUACAACUAGUACAGAAACUACUACUACUACUACCACUACUACCACUACUACUAGGACUACUAUUUUCGGUAGUACCUCAUCAUCGUCAUCUGACCAAUUCCUUGUAUCGUCUUCUCUUCCAACAUUUAUUUCACCAAGUACAAUUAUAAAUGGUGGUCCUACAACAAGUUCAACAUCGCCAAUGGGUAAUCCUGAUGAUGAUAUAAUUGAUAGUUUAUGUGCACGAUCAACAGGUGCACGUGAUUAUGCAUAUGUUGAUUGUAGUGAAGUUUAUUUAGCAGGAAAACGAACAAGUGGAAUUUAUGAAAUAUGGCCUCGUCCAAGUCCAAAACCAUUUCGUGUAUUAUGUGACAUGGAUACAGAUGGUGGUGGAUGGACGAUUAUUCAACGUCGUGGUGAUUAUAGUCAACAAUCAAAUUUUUUUGUAACAUGGUCAUCAUAUAGGCGUGGUUUUGGUGAUCUUACAAGAGAUUUUUGGCUUGGAAAUGAAAAAAUUUAUGCAUUAACAAAUCAAAAUGAAUAUCGUCUUCAUAUUGAUAUGGAAGAUUUUAAUGAUCAAUCACGUUUUGUUGAUUAUGAAUGGUUUUUUAUAACAGAUGAACAAACAAAAUAUACAUUAAAUUUAGGUCGUUAUAUGACAACAUCAACUGGUGGUGAUUCAUUAUCAUAUAAUCGUGGUAUGCGUUUUACAACACGUGAUCAAGAUAAUGAUCAAUCAACUUCAAGUCAAUGUGCAGAAAAUUAUAAAAGUGGUUGGUGGCAUACAGGAUGUACAUUAGCUAAUUUAAAUGGGCUUUAUUUACGUGGAAAUGAUUCAACUGCAACAGGUGUUUUUUGGAAUAAUUGGUUAGGCGCAAAAUAUUCAUUAAAAACAUGUGAAAUGAAAGUUAGACCAGUUGGUUUUAAUACAGAAAUGCUUUCAUGA